CCACCACGGCUGCACGCCGCCACCACACGCCACCAAACUUGCCGAGUCAGGACGUGAGAGCGGCAAAGAGGGCUCUGCAGCAUCGCUGGCUGCUGCCGCAUCCCGGGGUGCCACAGGCUCCGCUCCUCCGCCAGGCACCGUUUUCCCAGGGACGGAGCGGGAAUGGGGUAGGAAGCGGCACCUGCUGUGUUCGCCUCUGGCUGUCACGGCUACGCCGCACCGGCGCUUGCUUCCCAAAAGCUGCGGAGCCUCCAGCUCUGCCGGCAGCCGCGUUUUCAUUCCAUUCUUUUGCCUCCUGACCGCGCAUCUCCAUCGGAGCUCCAGGGGUGAGGCGGCAAGCGGCUCCGGGGAGCCCAGGCUGGCUCCAUGUAUCCCGAAUCCACCACUGACUCCCCAGCGCGACUCUCGCUGCGGCAGACGGGCUCCCCCGGGAUGAUCUACAGCGCGAGGUACGGGAGCCCCAAGCGCCAGCUCCAGUUCUACAGGAAUCUCGGGAAGUCUGGGCUCCGCGUGUCCUGCCUCGGUUUGGGGACGUGGGUGACUUUCGGAGGGCAAAUCACAGAUGAGAUGGCGGAGCAGCUGAUGACUUUGGCCUACGACAACGGCAUUAAUCUUUUUGACACGGCAGAAGUCUACGCCACCGGCAAGGCCGAGGUGGUGCUGGGGAACAUCAUCAAGAAGAAAGGGUGGAGACGGUCCAGCCUGGUCAUCACCACCAAAAUCUUCUGGGGAGGAAAGGCCGAGACGGAGAGGGGUCUGUCCCGAAAGCACAUCAUAGAAGGUCUGAAGGCGUCGCUGGAGCGGCUGCAGCUGGAAUACGUGGACGUGGUGUUCGCCAACCGGCCCGACCCCAACACGCCGAUGGAAGAGACGGUGCGAGCCAUGACUCACGUCAUCAACCAGGGGAUGGCCAUGUACUGGGGGACCUCGCGCUGGAGCUCCAUGGAGAUCAUGGAAGCGUAUUCGGUGGCCCGGCAGUUCAACCUGAUCCCGCCGAUCUGUGAGCAAGCCGAAUACCACAUGUUCCAGAGGGAGAAGGUGGAGGUGCAGCUUCCCGAGCUCUUCCACAAGAUAGGUGUCGGAGCCAUGACCUGGUCCCCGCUGGCCUGCGGCAUCGUCUCAGGGAAGUACGACGGGGGAAUCCCCCCCUAUUCCCGCGCUUCGCUGAAGGGUUACCAGUGGCUGAAGGAUAAGAUCCUGAGCGAGGAGGGCCGGCGGCAGCAGGCCAAGCUGAAGGAGCUGCAGGCCAUCGCCGAGCGUCUGGGCUGCACCCUGCCCCAGCUCGCUAUCGCCUGGUGCCUGCGCAACGAGGGCGUCAGCUCCGUCUUGCUGGGUGCCUCCAACGCCGACCAGCUGAUGGAGAAUAUCGGAGCAAUACAGGUCCUUCCAAAGCUGUCGUCUUCCAUCGUCCACGAGAUCGAUAGCAUCCUGGGCAACAAACCCUACAGCAAGAAGGACUACAGAUCCUAAGCGCGCGCACAGCCAAGCGCGCAGCCCUCGCCGCCCGUUCGCUUGCUUACGCUUCGUUGGAGCAAAGUGGAGAGUGUGGUUUGCACCGCGAGCGCCGAGAGCCAGCGCUCCCACCCGCGCUGCCCUGGACCGUCGUACCGCUGCCGCCCGACGCGGCUCUGGAGCGCAGGGAUGGCCGCGGGGAGCACGGCAGGGCAAGCUCCGAGCUGCUCUGCCCGCCGCGGGUGCAGCAUGGGGAGCCGUUGCAUGCGUCGCUGCCGCCCCCCGCGUUGCCGGAGGUGGUGGGCGCGGGGGUGCGAGCGGGUGCUGUACGACCACGAGGCCGACAACACGAAGCUGUUCCCCCCUAGCCUGCGCUCCGGCCCCUCGCCUCUGCCCUGCCUGCGGCGCCGCGGUGCCGA